UUUUUUCCCACAAUUAAAUAUUUUUUUUGGUUAAAGUGCAUCCUGUUUUUAGUAAAAUAAAUAAAUACAAAAAUAGUAAAAACGUUUAGAAAAAGCCAAAAAAGAAUUUAUUUAUUUAUUGUUAGACCCUUUAACUGGAAUUUGAGAAGAAGAAAAAAAAAGCUCCCCCCAAAUUCUUUUUUGUCUUUUUGUAGAAAUAAAUUUACCGACAAGCUUUCCCACUUUAACAUUUUUUACUUAAGUACUAUUAAUUUUGUUUGUAUUACUCAAAAAUUGUUUUUAAAAUAUAUAUACAUAAAGGGUUGGAAAAAAAUAUUUUUAUAUUUAAUAUAUUUUUUAAAAAUUACUUGUGUACUUUUAUAUAUUUUCUCUCUAAAUAUAUUUUUGUGUGUAUAUUUAUUUAUUCUCACUAUUUGCCAUAUUUUUGGGCAAUGUUUAUUUUUCUUUUUUCACCAUUUUCUGACAUCUUAGAAGGGUGGGCCAAUCCCUCAACUGGAAGUGUUGUUUUUGUGAAAGAGAUUGUUUGUGUGCUGUUUCUGUUUGCUGAAAAGCCAAACAAGGAGGUAAAAACUCUUUUCGUGUCCCCUCUUAUUUGUGUGUGUGUGUUCUGUCAUGCCAACGUUUUUGCGGUUUGCUUUGACGAAGCCCGGCUGUUUAUGUGUGUGUACAUAAUAUAUAUAAAUAUUUGCACUAAAAUUCACCUUUUAGAGAAAGUUUUGAGGUUUUCUUUACAAUUAAUUUAUUAUUUUGUUAUUCCGCACUUUUAAGAAAUAAAAGAAUAAAAAAGAAA